GAGAACUUUAUCACUAAAUCAGCAACCGCAUCCAAACAUGCUGUACUCGUAUCCUCAACUAUUAUUACUCGUUUGGCUGGCAAUUGUAGCUGGUCAGGAGGAUAUCCUGCCAACAGCAGUCAACAGUCGUCCAGGUCCACAGGAUGGUCGCAUUGUCGGUGGCUGGGCGACAAACAUCACGCACUUUCCGCAUCAGGUCUCCUUGCAGUUGGGCACUCGACAUAUCUGUGGCGGUACAAUAAUUGCACCCAAUGUUAUUCUCACUGCCGCCCACUGUGUGGUGAAAGUCGACGAGCCUCAGAGCUACUCCAUAAGAGCCGGGUCCACUUUGUGGUCAAGUGGUGGCAGCUAUAUCCGUGCACGUCGCAUUAUACCCCAUGGACAAUUCAAUGCUCCCACGCAUAUGAACAAUGACAUUGCCUUGGUAUUGCUGCAAAAGUCACUUGUCUAUAGUUCAGCUAUACAGCCCAUUAGUUUGGUCGUGUCCACGGAUAAUGUGCCCGUCCAGGCGCAGCUCUUUGUCAGCGGCUGGGGAUCCACAUCGGUUGACCAGGUGGUCACGUCGCCGCGUCUGCAUUAUACCACAGUUGUCCAAAUGGAUCGCCUGCGAUGUACACAAAACUAUUUUGGCGCUGGCACCGUUACCGGAACUAUGUUCUGUGCCGGCAGCAAAUCUGGACUCGGCGAUCGUGACAGUUGCAUGGGAGAUUCGGGUGGUCCGCUGAUCACCAAAGUUGGUGGACGCUUUAAGCUACUCGGCAUUGUCUCCUGGGGUUUGGGCUGUGCCAAUGCUCAGUAUCCGGGCGUCUACACCUAUGUCACAGCCUAUGGAGCCUGGCUAGCACAGACUCUAAGCACCUUAGCCUAGUGCUACAUUUUUGUUAACUAAGAUUUUUGCUGCUUUCAAGUGCUCACUGUAUAUUUAAGUACACAAAUAUGAAAUAUUUAAUUUGCAUUUAAUUGCUUUUGUAAGUUAAAAGUACGUAGUUCCUAUGUAAAAGUUUGAAAUGUCUAAAACUUAUGAAGACUCAGAUGAAAUUGUUAAUCAAC